UGGAAGCCGCUAUAAAAUCAGAAAAAGGACAUUCAGCCUAGGCCGUGUGCUUUUAUGGCUUACGCAUUUGGAACUGUUUGCUUUCGACGUUCCCUAUGGCGUUCAUAAAUAUUAUAGCCGGGUGGUUUGUUCCCAUUAAUCACUUGAAAAUGGUUAGCAUAAUGAAAUGGUUAAGAUAAUGGAAAUGCCACCAUGAUGCUCCUGCGUUCAAACGUAGUUCUCUACGCGUAAGUAAAGCAUCAGCGCUAUCUCUUGAGUCCUAACGGGAAUUAUGCUGUUUCCACAUUAAAAGGCAACAGGCAAAUUAUUCCGUAUCGCGUUUUUCUUCGCUCAAAUUGUUAAAAAAAAAAGGCUUCCAAUGCUUUCGCCUUCCAGUCAGCCUUCGCGCAAGCGCAGUGCCAAGUGCUCUGCGCAGCUGUGGGACCACGUGGGCGUUUGUUGCUGAUCCGGCACGUGGCCUCGGGCAGCCUCCGCGUGACUAUGACAGCAGGAGCCCUUCAGGGCAACGCUGCUUUCGGUGUAAUCCUGGCCGGCGGGAGUCCUCUCGCGCACCCCCCCCGCCCCUCGUUUGGAUUUACUUCGUGAGAUCGGGAACGGCUGUUGGUGCCGUCGUGGCAAGUUUUAGGACAGAGAGGUUGCUUUCUUGUGAUCCUUAUGAAAACUACCAAGAGUGCAUUGAAUGAGACAGAGUACAAGUUAGGAUGUUUCACUUCUCAUCCAAGAAGCUUCUUCAGCUGACAUGAGAUUGCCCUUGAAGACCACUCGGAACCUCGGAAAACAGAAAGAAAAAAUAUACAAAGGGUCCUUUAUAGUGAUGGAAUCCUCUGAGAGAAUUCUAGUGGUUACUGCAGUGGAAAAUGGAAAGAGAGAAAGCAAUCAUAGAAAAAACCCUCUAAUGUUUCCCAUCUGUUUAAUAAAACAAACAACAAUUUGCUACAUUCAUGGCACUCAGAAGGCAUGUAAAAAACCUUGUGAAAAAUUAUUCUGAAGCUGAGAUAAAAGUCAGAGAAGCAACUUCUAAUGACCCUUGGGGCCCUUCUAGUUCUCUAAUGUUAGAGAUAAGUGACCUGACAUACAACACAAUUUCCCUUUGUGAGAUUAUGAAUAUGAUCUGGCAUAGGAUGAAUGACCAUGGGAAGAACUGGAGGCAUGUGUACAAAUCUCUUACACUCUUGGACUAUCUCAUCAAGAAUGGAUCAAAAAAAGUCAUACAACAUUGUCAAGAGGGUUUCUUUAACAUUCAGAUAUUAAAAGAUUUUCAUCAUCUAGAUGAAGCGGGAAAAGAUCAAGGUUUCCAUGUAAGGGAGAAGGCUAAGCAAGUUCUUGCUAUUUUAAAAGAUGAACAACUGAUGCAUAAUGAACGUGAAAUUGCGCGCCGGACUAGACGGCGCAUUUCGCAUGCAAUGCUUUUCUCCCAGCCUUCUAACAAAGCUUAUGUACCAGCUCCGCUUGGCUCAGAUCCCAUUUCAGAACUCCUUCCAUCAGAAAACGUCCAACAUUUGCUGCCUAAGGCAUUACCUGCAGCAGAGCAAAACCAGCAGACAGGCAAAGCAGAAAUAGCCCAAGAAGCAACAGUACUGAAUAUCAUUGCAAAGAAGUCAUCAGAGGACUUGAUCACCUUUAGCGAAGAUGAAUCCUGUCUUGCGGCCGUGGAGUCAACAUUUCCAGUUACUGUCUAUAAAGAGGAAUUGGCAAAAGGUACAAAGGCACCAGCUAAUAAUUCCUGGAAUACAGGUACUGUUUUGAAUCCAUCAGAAAGAAAUCCGCUCCCUUUGCAAAAGUGGGAUUCAGGCAGAAAAUCGAAUAAUUCAGUUGUUUCCAGAGUUAUGCUGAAAUCUUCUCGAAAGAGGCCAUCAAGCAUAAAUAGUCAUCAAGUUGCCACAACUUUGCUUGAUCUUUGGUCAUCCAAUCCAGAGGAAUUUGUCACUAUUAACAAGCAGCAAGUCCCCAAGUCUGAUUUGGCUUGUUGUCACACCAAGGCCUCUAUUGAGACAAUUUAUAAAUCUCCCAUCUUUCAAACCUUUGAUCCCCUAGGAACCCCUAUAACAAAUACCCUGAAAGCCUCUCCAGCAACUCAGCAGUACUGUGGACCUAAUGUAGCUAGCUUACGAAACCUCCACUUUUUAACACCAAGCAUUGUAGAGGCAGUUGGUUUGAGUGGUGAUCCCGCCCCCAGACCAGAUUCUGCCAGCUCCAUGGGAACAACUUCUUCCUUUUCUACUUUCUCCAUCUCAUCCCCAGAAUCAGCCGUACCAAACAACACACCUCAGCCCUAUUCUGUUGCACCCCAUGGACCCUCCUAUUUGCCUUCACCACAUGGAUUGCCUUCUGUUUUCUUUAAAGAUCUCAAGGAACGGAUUGCACAUUCUUUUUCUCCUUGCCCAGUGUCUGAUAUAGAGGACAGUGCUAGCAUUUUAAGCCUACUACCUGAUAAUUCAAAAUGUUCUGUUGAGAAAAAUGAUAGCUUUAGGAGCAGAACUUGUUGUGCUGCUGGUGAAAGCUGGGCAAACAAUUUAGUGGAGGAAGUACUUGCUGGAUCUAAUCCUGUACCUCCAGCCACAAAUCUUCCUCCUGACUCAGAUCUUUUUCCUUUGAGUGCUGAGGAAAAAAAUAUGACCAUUUUGGAAGAAAUAAAAAAUGCUGUUUGUGGACUAAGAGGGGACUUCUGCAGUGUGGCACAGGAGUUACGUACUAUAGGUAGUGAAUUGGCAAAUAUGGUAGUUUCUGUUCAAAAUAUGAACCAAUUUUUUGCAGCUCCCCAAACUGCUAAAGAUGACCAUACGAAAAUAUAGAACUCAAACUGGCUCACAAUGAAGUAGUAUAAGAUGAGUUAUAUAUUCUAUUUUACUAAUGUGCUUGACAUAUUUUGGAAUUUACUUUAUAAAUGUCUUUAUAUAUGUAUAUAUAUAUGUAUACACACAACUAAUAUAUGUACCUAUUAUAUUUUUGCUGUGGAAAAUAAAUUGCGAUUUACAUCUUA